UGUGCGUUUUCUGCUUAUGUGUUCUAGAUAAACUGAAGGUAUGACAAAUUUAUAUAGAUUAUGUCCAUGUCUUUCACAUCAAGGGAUUCCUGAAUCCCUAAAAUGGAUAAACCGCAGAUGUCUGACCCAGCUGAACAGAGUGGCUCUGACAAAACCCCUGCAAAGCAGCGGGUGACAUCCUGUCUGCUGUGUGCAGCCUUCUUUGGUGCCUUUGGCUCGUCUUUCCUUUACGGCUACAACCUGUCUGUCGUCAAUGCUCCAGCAUUGUACAUUAAAGCUUUUUACAAUCGGACAUGGAUGGAGAGAUACAACGAGUCUGUCAGAGCAGAGACUAUUACGCUCCUCUGGUCCAUCACGGUCUCCAUAUUUUCCAUUGGGGGCCUUUUCGGAGCGCUAGCUGUCUCCUGGCUCCUAAAAAUACUGGGAAGAAAGGGAACCUUGUUGCUGAAUAACAUCUUUGCUGUGAUAGCUGCAUUGCUGCUGACCUUUGGCGAGAGUGCACGGUCCUUUGAGAUGUUCAUUAUUGGCCGGUUUAUAGUGGGGGUGGACUCUGGUAUAGCUCUCAGUGUACUACCUAUGUAUCUUGGAGAAAUUUCCCCACGACAUAUCCGUGGUUCUAUCGGUCAGUUCAACUCUAUUCUGAUCUGUCUUGGAGUGUUCUUUGGUCAGGUGCUGGGCCUACCUGAGCUGCUAGGCCAGGAGUCCAGGUGGAACUACUUAUUUUCCUUCCUGGCAUUGCCUGCUGUGCUGCAGCUCUGCGUUAUGCCUUUCUUUCCAGAGAGCCCUCGCUACCUGCUGAUUGAGAGGAGGGAUGAGGCUGCAGCAGAGAGAGCCUUUCAGAGAUUCCUUGGAAAAAAGGAUGUUUCUCUUGAAUUGGAAGAGGUCCAUGCAGAGGCACGUGUUCAGAAAACUCUCCACACGGUUUCGGUCUUACAGCUUCUGAAGAAUCGGGGGGUUCGCUGGCAGCUCAUCACAGUCUUGGUCACCAUGGCCAGCUAUCAGCUCUGCGGCCUCAACGCUAUCUGGUACUACACCAGUAGUAUCCUACGGGAAGCAGGCUUUGCUGACAAUAUUGUCCCGUACAUAACCCUCAGCACAGGAGGUGUAGAGACUUUCUCCGCCAUCAUCUCUGGUUUAGUAAUAGAGCGAAUCGGGCGAAAACCUCUACUCAUAUUUGGCUUCAGCGCCAUGGCAGUGUUCUUCAGCCUACUCACAGUGUUCCUCAAUUUUCAAGACAGUGUGUCAUGGAUGCCUUACCUCAGUUAUGUCUGCAUACUGGCAGUAAUUGCUUCCUUCUGCUCCGGACCAGGAGGCAUCCCAUUUAUCUUGACUGGUGAACUGUUUGAACAAUCCUACAGGCCUGCCGCGUUCAUGAUUGCAGGCAUCGUGAACUGGCUGUCCAACUUUGCAGUGGGCCUCUUCUUUCCCUUUAUACAGGAGAGCCUGGAGACAUUUGCCUUUCUGGUGUUUGUGGGGGUCUGUAUCGUGGCACCGAUCUACCUCUUUGUCGUCCUCCCUGAAACCAAAAGUAAAACAUUCAUGGACAUAAGCCAGAGUUUUGCCAAGAUUAACAAAGUCCCCGUCCCCUCCACGACCCAUGAAAUGAAGCUUGUUCUGUGUAUUGAGCAAGAUAAGAACGAAGAAGUGCAAAAUGUCUUUAAGAUGGAGAGUUCCUUUUAAAUCAACACCAGUUGUCGUGAGGGAGCAUUAAGAUACACAAUAACAAUGUUAUUAUUUUUUUAUAUAUUCAUCAUGUUAUAAAGACACAUUGCAUCGUGUUAAAACACAUCAAGAUGUCAAGUAAUGAUUCUGAUUUUAAAAUGCUCAUCACAUCAACAUUACCCAAUGCAUACAAAUUAAUGUAAUUGUUGUACUCUGUGUAGUUUGAUUGUCAUUUAAUCAUUUUCACACAGUAGAUAGUCAGUUUCAAUCUUGUUGUCUGAGAGGAUGAACACGCCACGCCAACUUUGCAUGUUGUCUGUGGCUGAGAGAUAAUGUGAAAUUAUGCCAAAUUAAAUCUUUCA